UUAUGUAUUUUUGAACCCUUGCCUCUUCCCUCUUCUCUCUUCCAUAUCCUCAUUCAUGUAUUUUGUUUCUCUCUCUACAUAUUGAUUUUUGAGUCAAAAACAAGAGAGAGAGAGAGUAUGGGCAAAGCUUCACGCUGGUUCAAGUCUUUGUUGGGUAUGAAGAAACACAAACAAAAUACACCAUCACCACCGUCACCACCACCACCACCGCCGGUGGAUAUAAACCCUCCACCGUGUAAUGAUCCCACUUGGUUGACAUCUUACACGUCAGCAACAGAGAAAGAACGGAACAAACAUGCAAUUGCUGUUGCUGCAGCCACCGCCGCCGCAGCUGAUGCCGCCGUCGCCGCCGCACAGGCCGCCGUGGCGGUGGUGAGACUCACCAGCUUCGGCAGAGGAACGCUUUUUAACGGCGGCGGAGACAGAUGGGCUGCCGUUAAGAUUCAAACAAACUUUAGAGCUUAUUUGGCAAGAAAGGCUCUAAGAGCUUUAAGAGGACUAGUGAAGCUACAGGCUCUUGUUAGAGGGUUUCUUGUGAGGAAAAAGGCAGCUGCAACUUUAUAUAGUAUGCAAGCUCUCCAUAGAGCCCAGACUGCUGCUCGGUCCCAACAACGGGCCCGCCGCUUGGUUAAAGAUCGUAGGGUUCAACCCGAAACCCGUCACCGAAAAUCGACCGAGAGAUUUGAUCAUGAGACAAGAAGUGAAUUCCAUAGCAAGAGGCUCUCAACUUCAUACGAAUCAACAACUAAUUCAUAUGAUGAGAGCCUAAAAAUAGUUGAAAUCGACACGUAUAGACCACAUGCGAGAUCCAGGCGUAUACACACAUGUACAACCGACUCUAGUGACGAAUCACAUUACCACCACAAUAUGUCAUCUCCCCUGCCUUGCAACAUCCCUACACGUAAGACAAUCGAGUGUGGGCAUUUUCAUGAUCCCGAGUGGGGAUUCAUCGGUGAAGAUUACAAAUACUCAAACACCACUCAAAGCACGCCCCGUUUGGCGAAGUUAUACGGGACAAACGUGCCUCCAACUCCCGCAAGAAGUGUAUGCGGGGACGGCUAUUUUAGGCCUUAUUCGAACCAUCCAAGUUACAUGGCGAACACACAAUCGUUCAAUGCGAAACAGAGGUCUCAUAGUACUCCUAAGCAAAGGCCAGAGUUGGGGACAAAAAGGAGGCAAUCUCUUAUUGAAAUAAUGGCAUCAAGAAGUAGUUUUAGUGGCUUGAGGAUGCAAAGGUCUUGUACGAAAGCUCAAGAAGCUAUAAACUCAUAAAUAAAGGGUUUGAUGUUUAAACUUUAUCAUUACUUUGUGUUUGAUAAAGAAUUAGAGAGAAGGGAUGUUUGUCUUGUAAGUAAACAAGAAGGGCCUGUUUUUCUUCUCUUUUAGACCAACUUGUUUGGGUGAAAGAGCUCUUCUUUUAUUAAUUUAAUGUCUUUUUUUU